CUGCUCUUCGCCCUGACCUUGCCUAUCUGGGCUGCGUCCAAGGCAAAGGGCUGGAUCUUUGGCACGCCCCUGUGCAAGGUGGUCUCGCUCCUGAAGGAAGUCAACUUCUACAGCAGCAUCCUGCUGCUGGCCUGCAUCAGCGUGGACCGCUACCUGGCCAUUGUCCAUGCCACACGCACGCUGACCCAGAAGCGGCACUGGGUCAAGUUCAUAUGCUUAGGCAUCUGGGCCCUGUCCCUGAUCCUGUCCCUGCCCAUCUUCGUCUUCCGCAGGGCCAUCAAUCCGCCCUACUCCAGCCCGGUCUGCUACGAGGACAUGGGAGCCAACACGACGAAACUGCGGAUAGUGAUGCGGGCCCUGCCCCAGACCUUUGGCUUCCUCCUGCCCCUGGCGGUCAUGCUGUUCUGCUACGGACUCACCCUGCGCACGCUGUUCGAGGCCCACAUGGGGCAGAAGCACCGGGCCAUGCGGGUCAUCUUCGCCGUCGUGCUCGUCUUCCUGCUCUGCUGGCUGCCCUACAACCUGGUGCUGGUGGCAGACACCCUCAUGAGGCUCCGGGUGAUCCAGGAGACCUGUGAGCGCCGCAACGACAUUGGCCGGGCCCUGGAUGCCACCGAGAUUCUGGGCUUCCUCCACAGCUGCCUCAAUCCCUUCAUCUACGCUUUCAUCGGCCAGAAGUUCCGCCAUGGACUCCUCAAGAUCAUGGCCUUCCAUGGCCUCAUCAGCAAGGAGUACUUGUCCAAGGACGGCAGGCC